CGGUGACCGUAUAUCGUUGUGAUCCGAGGUGUAACACGAAGCCAUUUGAUCUCUGACAGAAGUCGUGAUCGGAAGAAAGGCUGUAGGAUUAGCGUGAGGCAAGUCUGUGGCCGAAGAAGCUUGGUGUUUUGUGUGGCAGAACGAUUAGGCACUUUUGAUCGUAAUUGAAGAUACUUCCCUGCUUCUUAGUGCGACGUUGCUUUUGCCAUGGCCGUUUCAAAUAGACGAAUCUGAUAAAAAUGGUCGUUACUCUUCGUGAUAAUGAAAGAGGAUGAAAUGGCAGCAGAAGACGAUUAAUUGAAAGCCGUUGUUGUCAUUUGCCAGCAGCAAGUGCAUAUUUUUGUCUUAUAGUAACACUACACAUCCUCUACCAAGAUGACGUGGAUUCUCGCAUCGGAAAUUCCAAAAUCAACUCCGGACUCACCCCAGCAUCUCCACGGAGACCCUCAGCCGCCGAACUACGGAACAAUGGCCGCCACUCCGCCGUUCUCCGCUCCAUCAGACCCCGCCGGGUCUCCGCGGACCCCGGCCAAGUCCUCCCCGCGGCAGCGCCGGCUGCUGGCCGGGCUGGCGGUGGUCUGCGUCCUCAGCGGCUCCCUGAUCGCCGUCAUGGUGCCCUUCUUCCCGUCGGAGGCUGCCAGCAGAGGCGUCUCCCAGACCACCAUCAGCGGCGUCUUCAGCUGCUUCGCGCUCACACAGAUGCUGCUGUACCCGUUGGUCGCACCGCUGGCGCUGCGCCUGGGAGUGACGCGGCUCUACAACAUCGGCAUCGCCACGGCCGGCGUCUCCACCAUCGCCUUCGGCACGUUCUACCACAUCCCCGGGGGCGCGGGCUUCAUCGCCGCCUGCUUCGUGGCCAGGGUGGUGGAGGCGGCCGGCACGGCGGCCGUCUCGGCCUGUGGCUUCACCAUCAUCGGCAACCAGUUCUCGGGGCGCUCCAGCUCGGUGGUGGCGCUGGUCUCGGCCGCCCAGUCGGCCGGACUCUCCGUUGCGCCGGCCAUCGGCGGCGGUCUGUACGCGGCGGCCGGCUUCGGACUGCCGUUCUACGUCCUCGGCUCCGUCAUGGUCGUCACAGCCGCGGUCAACAUGCGCUUCAUGCCGGCAGUGGAGAAGACGGACGACUCGCCGUCGGACGUGACGAAGAUGUUCCGCACGCUUGCCGCAUCGCCAGAGAACUGGCUGUGCCUGCUCAUCGUGUUCUGCUACUCGCUCGACUUCUUCACGUUCGAGUCGUGUGUGGCACCGUACGCCGUUGCCGCUCUGGGCAUCACACCGGCGACACUCGGCCUCUACUUUACCGUGGCUACUGGCUCGUACGUCUUCACCAGCAUCCUGUGGGCGCGGCUGGCGGAGCGCACCACCAACCCGUACUCGAUGAUGUCCCUGUGCCUGCUGCUGGUCUCCGCCAGCCAGCUACUGAUCCCGCCGGCCUCCUUCCUCGGCCUGCAGCCCACCUGGUGGCUGUUCGGACUCGGGAUGACGCUACAGGAGGCGCUCUUUGGCGGCGCCUACAUCCCGUGCUUCCAGCUGAUGCUGGCGGCCUCGGUGCGCGCCGGUCUCCAUGACGACCUGCGCACUCACGCGUUCGUGUCGAGUGUGUUCUGGAGCGCCUACUCGCUAGGCACGGUGGUCGGCCCGCUGGCCGGGGGCCUGCUGGUGGACGCCUACGGCUUCCCGCUGAUGAUGAUGGCCGUGGCGGCGCUGACACUGACCGUGGCCCUGCUGACCGCCUGCCAGGCCGGCGUGAGGACAUUCAGAGCGCGCUGAACAUGGUGUCAAAACUCACCCAUCUCAGCAGUGUGGAAUGGCGCAGAACAGAAUACAGACUAACACGACAGUGAGCAAUUGGGGACUGUUCGGUCGUCCCACCGAUCCAUUCUUGAAUCCAGUUCCUGAAAAUACUCUGACCCUGUGACUUGAACGCAGUGGAUAAAGGCUGUGUUGUGCGGUGAUCACCAGGCAGACGGGUCAGGUCAUCAGGCAGGUCCCCGGCCGGUCAGGUCACCAGACAGGUCCCCAGCCGGUCAGGUCACCAGACAGGUCCCCGGCCGGCCUGGUCAUCAGGCGCGUCUCUCAAGGUGCGACAUGUGCGCCGAUGAGGUGACAGAACCACUCGCCAUUCUCACGUGAUCGCUCAGCCAGAAUGGCUCAUCAGUCUCAGCCUGUCGCCGUUCGUUAUCGGUAAAAAACGAAUAUUGGUCGGCCGCCAGCACACACAGGGCCGACCGGCGUCGGGUGCAGGAAGUGCCAUGGGAUGGGUGGAAAAUGUGCUGCUGUUUCCGGGUGGUGUUGAGAGGUAAAGAAGGCAGUGCCUUUGCUGAGCAAUGCACCGAAACUGUCUUGAAUUGCAGUGCAUUCAAUAUAACUAAUCAACAUCUGA